UCCACCAGGGGCCGGCGGAAGUAACUUUGCGCGCGCGUGCCUCUCGCGGGACCUACACCUCUUUUUGGCGAGAUUUGGACGACAAGGGCAAAGCGGUAUCUCGCGGGAAGUUGAACCGGAAAAGCGAGGGGUAGAAGUGAAUGCGGGUAAACCUCGGAUGUGAAGCUGUGCUUUUGAUUUCCUGGAGGUUUUAGAUGCUCGGUGGUGUAGACCUUUUGUUUGGCAUCUCGCGGAGGGAUCAUGUUGACCCGGCUGAAAGCAAAAUCAGAGAGGAAGCUUGCAAAACAGAUUUGCAAAGUUGUAUUGGAUCAUUUUGAAAAACAGUAUUCCAAAGAACUUGGAGAUGCCUGGAAUACAGUAAGGGAUAUACUAAUAUCUCCAUCAUGCUGGCAAUAUGCUAUCCUUCUUAACAGAUUCAAUUAUUCCUUUGAACUGGAAAAAGAUUUACAUUUAAAGGGCUAUCACACACUCUUUCAAGGAUCUUUACCCUACUCUCCUAAAUCAAUGAAGUGUUACCUUAGCAGAACUCCAGAUAGAAUGCCUUCAGAAAGACACCAGAUUGGAAUUCUAAAAAAAUACUAUCUCCUGAAUGCUGCCUCUCUUCUCCCAGUAUUGGCUCUGGAAUUAAGGGAUGGGGAGAAAGUUCUGGAUCUGUGUUCUGCUCCUGGAGGCAAAUCGAUAGCUCUGCUGCAGUGUGCUUAUCCAGGUUAUCUUCACUGUAAUGAACACGAUAGUCUGAGAUUGAGGUGGCUGAGGCAGACAUUAGAAUCUUUCAUCCCACAGCCUUUGGUAAACGUAAUUAAAGUGUCUGAAUUGGAUGGCAGAGAAAUGGGAGAUGCCCAGCCUGAAAUGUUUGACAAGGUGUUAGUUGAUGCUCCAUGUUCAAAUGAUCGAAGUUGGUUGUUCUCUUCUGAUUCUCAGAAGGCAGCCUGUAGGAUAAGCCAAAGGAGGAAUUUGCCUGUUCUGCAGGUAGAACUCUUAAGCAAAGUUACUCUCAUUGAAUGCUGGGCUAGAUCACCAGACAGCUGUUUUCUUCUCAAGCCGAGCCAGGCCCACACAGAAGCAAUCAUGUCUAAGGGACUGGCAGUUGGCAUUGAUCUUGACACCACCUACUCUUGUGUGGGUGUCUUCCAGCACGGGAAAGUGGAAAUAAUUGCCAAUGAUCAGGGAAACUGAACCACCCCAAGUUAUGUCGCCUUCACUGACACCAAAUGAUUGAUCAGUGAUGCUGCAAAGAAUCAAGUUGCGAUGAACCCCACCAACACAGUUUUUGAUGCCAAAUGCCUGAUUGGAUGUAGAUUUGAUGAUGCUGUUGUCCAGUCUGAUAUGAAGCAUUGGCCUUUUAUGGUGGUGAAUGAUGCUGGCAGGCCCAAGGUCCAAGUAGAAUACAAGGGAGAGACAAAAAGUUUCUAUCCAGAGGAGGUGUCCUCUAUGGUUUUGAUGAAGAUGAAGGAAAUUGCAGAGGCUUACCUUGGGAAGACUGUUAGCAAUGCAGUUGUCACGGUACCUGCAUACUUCAGUGACUCUCAGUGUCAGGCUACCAAAGAUGCUGGAACUAUUGCUGGUCUCAAUGUACUUUGAAUCAUCAACGAGCCAACUGCUGCUGCUAUUGCUUAUGGCUUAGACAAGAAGGUUGGUGCUGAAAGGAAUGUGCUGAUCUUUGACUUAGGAGGUGGCACUUUCGAUGUGUCAAUCCUUACUAUUGAAGAUGGGAUCUUUGAGGUUAAAUCCACAGCUGGAGACACCCACUUAGGUGGAGAAGACUUUGACAACAGGAUGGUCAACCAUUUUAUUGCAGAGUUCAAGCGCAAACAUAAGAAGGGCAUCAGUGAAAACAAGAGGGCAGUUCGUCGUCUCCGUACUGCUUGUGAACGUGCUAAGCGUACACUUUCUUCCAGCACGCAGGCCAGUAUUGAGAUUGAUUCUCUAUACGAAGGAAUCGACUUCUAUACCUCUAUUACUCGUGCCUGGUUUGAAGAAUUAAAUGCUGAUCUGUUGUGUGGCACCCUGGACCCUGUAGAGAAAGCCCUUCGGGAUGCCAAGCUAGACAAAUCUCAGAUCCACGAUAAUGUCCUGGUGGGUGGUUCUACCCGUAUCCCCAAGAUUCAGAAACUUCUACAGGAUUUCUUCAAUGGGAAAGAACUGAAUAAGAGCAUCAACCCUGAUGAGGCUGUUGCUUACGGUGCAGCUGUCCAGGCAGCCACCCUUUCUGGAGACAAAUCUGAAAAUGUUCAAGAUUUGCUGCUCUUGGAUGUCACUCCACUUUCUCUUGGCACUGAAACUGCUGGAGGAGUCAUGACUGUUCUCAUCAAGCAUAAUACUACCAUUCCUACCAAACAGACACAAACCACUACCUACUCUGACAACCAGCCUGGUGUGCUUAUUCAGGUGUAUGAAGGUGAUGUCAUGACCAAGGAUAACAACUUACUUGGCAAGUUCGAACUCACAGACAUAUCUCUUGCCCCUCGUGGCGUUCCUCAGAUUGAAGUCACUUUUGAUAUUGAUGCUAAUGGUAUCCUCAAUGUCUCUGCUGUGGAUAAGAGCACAAGAAAAGAGAACAAGAUUACCAUCACUAAUGACAAGGGCCGCUUGAGCAAGGAAGACAUUGAGCGCAUGGUCCAGGAAGCAGAGAAGUACAAAGCUGAAGAUGAGAAACAGCGGGACAAGCUGUCUUCCAAGAAUUCACUUGAGUCUUAUGCUUCAAUGGUUGAAGCAACUGUUGAAGAUGAAAAACUUCAGGGCAAGAUCAAUGAUGAGGACAAUCAGAAGAUUCUUGACAAGUGCAAUGAAAUCAUCAAUUGGCUUGAUAAGAACCAGACUGCAGAGAAGGAAGAAUUUGAACACCAGCAGAAAGAGCUGGAGAAAGUCUGCAAUCCUAUCAUUACCAAACUGUACCAGAGUGCAGGGGGCAUGCCAGGAGGAAUGCCUGGAGGCUUCCCUGGUGGUGGAGCUGCUCCCUCUGGUGGUGCCUCCUCUGGACCCACCAUCGAAGAGGUUGAUUUAGUCAACCUGAGAAUAGGUCCAGCAUUGUUCCACACCAAAUAUUCGAAGGACCCAAAUUUGUAGCAAAUUCCAUGGCAGUUUUAAUGUUGAGCUGCUAUAGUAAAUAAACUGGGCAUUCUUGGGCACCUGGGUGGCUCAGUCGUUAAGCGUCUGCCUUUAGCUCGGGUCAUGGUCCCAGGGUCCUGGGAUUGAGUCCCACAUCAGGCUCCCUGCUCAGCGGGAAGCCUGCUUCUCCCUCUCGCUCUGCCCCUGCUUGUGUUCCCUCUCUCACGCUCUCUCUCUGUGUCAAAUAAAUAAAAUCUUUAAAAAAAAUAAAAAUAAAAAAAAAAAUUAAACCCGGCAUUCUUGAUACUUGAAUAUGGAAUACGUGCACAGGGAAAGGAAAUAAGCAUUGCAUUUAUAAACAUUGUAUUGUUAAGUGGAAAAUGCAAUGUCUUAAAUAAAACUAUUUAAUUGGCACCAAAAAAAAAUUAUAGCAAAGUUAAUCUGCCAAAGAUGAUAUAAUCACUGUUGUGCUGCGUAGUAAUUAGACAUAAACAUAAAGCAUUUCUGUAAUUUAUUUUGAUUUGUAUUGCUUUUAUAUAACCAAAGCAUGGUUUUAGUUUCAGUUUAGUUUUUUUCCUCCAAUUGAUACAUUUCUCUUAACUUCAUUUAGCAUUUCAAUCAUUGUCGUAAAGGUCACACAUUUAUAUAAACCUCACAUAGGCACCUACUUAUGCCCUAACAACUAUGGCUCUUCCUUAGUGGCCACUCCACUCUCCCAUCAUCUUAUUUUCCAAAAGGAAUGGCUUUAGCAUUACAUCAUUUUAGUAGCAUAUUAACAAGGUGCAAAACUGACAUCUCACUCACUCCAGGUGUAGAUUUUUAUGUAAUCAGACGGGGAAGACCAUCUCCUAUUCUUUUCCUUGAACAGCUACUCUCCAUUUCCUGUCUCUGAUGCUUGGUCUGUGUGAGAGAUUUGGGAGCCACCUAAAUAAAGUAGUUGAAACUUUGGGUCCCUUGGUUGUGUGGUUAUGAUGAUAAUGGGGAAAGAGUAGGAAACCCAAGCAAUAGGCACAGAGAAUGGUUCUAAUUCCCUGACAUCUACAAGUCUGGGAGUUGAAAAGAUGAAGAAAAAAUGAUAAUGUCAGCCACAAUUUCUCUUUUACCUCCUGUCCUUGACCCUAGAAAAUGAAAUAUAUAGUAAUAGUAAUUGUCUCAUCAGGGAUAGCUCUAUCACUCACUGUGCCACAUACAAAGAAAUUUCUUACUUUCUUUGGAAUCUUUCUCACCUAGUUAUUAUCUUACCUUCCUUUAACAAAAGGCAAUCCU